AUGUCUAAAGAAAUAUCCCCUGGAGGCUAUCAUUGGCUCAAUGACACCAUCAACAGCCUCGAUCCAGAGACCGACUAUGAACUGAUGUGGCGGCUCAUGUCUUGCUACCGCUCAAAUGAUUUCAUGAACAACAUGAUCUACGCCCUUACAUUUCCCAACUUCAUCAUCACCACCCACGGCUGCGAAACUGUCUGGCGCUCAGACGGUGGCAAGGUUGUGAAGCGGGGAGCCCAGCGCGUCGAAGAUACCGAAAACUACAACAUGACGUGGUGGCACUACGGACCAAGCGAUAAAAGAUGUCGUGAUGCAGUAGAGCACAUCAACAACCUUCAUGCGUCUCUGGCGCGUCGUUACCCUGGCAACUUCUCGUACAACGAAGACUUUCUGUACGUCACGACUUUCAGUGCUGUACUCAUGCACCGUCUUCGUCUUAGAUUGGGAUUGUCAGGUUUCACUGAGAAGGAAAAGAUUGCAGCUCACCACUUUUGGCGGGAUAUGACGCCGCUAUUCAUCAGAGAGGACGGGAACUCUGUUACCGGAUAUCCUGAAGACUUUGAGGGCUGCAUCCAAUUCUGCGAAGACUAUGAAAAUGAGAAACGCGAGUUCGAUGUGAAGAUGCAAUACAUCGGCCUGGCCAUCUUCAAUCAGUUCGCGUUCCGAUACUUUCCCUACGGCUUUCGAUGGCUGGGAGUGUCAAUAGUUAAAGCUCUUACACUGCCUACAACUAUUAGGGCAAUGCAGCUAGAACCCGUCAACCCCGUCUUUCAGUGGCUAAUUGUGCUUUUUGUUGGAACGGCGAUGAGUCUUGCUGAGACACUCUUACCAGACCCGCGGGAGUCGUUUUGGAAGAAGAUUGAGACGCUGGACGUAGAGAAGGCCAAGGCGAGGAAAGAGGAUAUCAGGGGGAGCGAUCAAGCGUACUGCCAGUAUAUCAGGUCCGAGUGGAGUGGUCCUGGAUGCCCGUUUGCUAUGAAAGCUGAAUAG